CCAUUCUCGCAUAAUCCCAGCUGCACCUGCAACUACGUCUUGGGGAUCAGAUUCAGAUGUCGUCGACCUCGCAAGUCGCGUCGCUCGCCGUGCUCGUCUUCCUGGUCUGCGCGACGCUCGCCUCCGGCGCCGCCAGCGUCCGCGUCGGGCUCACGCGCAUCCACGCCAGCCCCGGCACUCCCGCGUCCCAGCUCGUGCGCGACGCGCUGCGCCGCGACAUGCACCGGUCCGCCGGCCGCGCGCUCGCGGCCUCCGACAGCGCUGCUGCCACCACGGUGUCCGCGCGCACCCGCAAGGACCUGCCCAACGGCGGGGAGUAUCUGAUGACGCUGGCCAUCGGCACGCCGCCGGUGUCGUACCCGGCCAUCGCGGACACCGGCAGCGACCUCAUCUGGACGCAGUGCGCUCCCUGCGGCGGACAGUGCUUCAAGCAGCCGUCGCCGCUCUACAACCCGGCGAGCUCCACCACCUUCGGCGUGCUCCCGUGCAACAGCUCGCUGAGCAUGUGCGUGGGGGUGCUGGCCGGGCCGGCGCCGCCGCCGGGGUGCGCGUGCAUGUACAACCAGACGUACGGCACUGGGUGGACGGCGGGCGUCCAGGGCUCCGAGACCUUCACCUUCGGCUCGGCAGCCGCCGACCAGGCCCGCGUCCCCGGGAUCGCCUUCGGGUGCAGCAACGCCAGCAGCGACGACUGGAACGGCUCGGCGGGGCUCGUCGGCCUGGGCAGGGGCGCCCUGUCGCUCGUCUCGCAGCUCGGCGCCGGCAGGUUCUCCUACUGCCUGACGCCGUUCCAGGACGCCAACAGCACCAGCACGCUCCUCCUCGGCCCGUCGGCGUCGCUCAAUGGCACCACCGGCGCCGUCCGCUCCACGCCGUUCGUCGCCAGCCCGGCCAAGGCGCCCAUGAGCACCUACUACUACCUCAACCUGACCGGCAUAUCCCUCGGCACGACGGCGCUGUCCAUCUCUCCCAACGCCUUCUCCCUGAACGCCGACGGCAGCGGCGGGCUCAUCAUCGACUCCGGCACGACCAUCACGUCGCUGGCCAACGCCGCGUACCAGCAGGUACGCGCCGCCGUGAAGUCCCUGCUGACGCUGCCCGCGAUCGACGGCUCGGACUCGACGGGGCUCGACCUGUGCUUCGCGCUGCCGUCCCCGACGUCGGCGCCGCCGGCCAUGCCGAGCAUGACGCUCCACUUCGACGGCGCCGACAUGGUGCUCCCCGCGGAGAGCUACAUGAUCUCGGGCUCCGGCGUGUGGUGCCUGGCGAUGCGGAGCCAGAUGGACGGCGCGAUGAGCACGCUCGGCAACUACCAGCAGCAGAACAUGCACAUCCUCUACGACGUCCGCAAGGAGACGCUGUCGUUUGCUCCGGCCAAGUGCAGCACGCUCUGACCAGAUUUGUACAGAUAUAUAUACGUGUGAAUAGGACUCAUGAUUUUUUACACACUAGAUUAUUGUCAACUAAACAUUCUAAUUCAAUUAUUGAAAAACUGAAAAUUGUUCAGAAUUUAACUGAAUAGCACUCCAAAUUAAAUGUGGUUGAACAAUUCGAUGAGUGAGACGCCCAGUACAUUUAGUUAGACACAAGCAAGCAUAACAAAGAUGACUAAACUAAGUAGCAUACAUAUAUAUGUGUGUGAUAAGGACACAUGACCAAACGAUAUACUAAUCCACAACCUUGAUAAUCUGCAACGUCAUUGUUACCACAUUGUCAACAAGGUCGACAAUGCAGUCACGAAUGAGGUCCCGGGGUAAUGAACCAGAUGUCAAUUAUUAGACCUUCGACUCUGACUCCGUCUUCUUUUCCUCUUGGAAGCCGCCUUCUGAUGAGUUGGAUUGGCAUCAUGGUUCCUCCUGAGCUUCUGCUCGUCCUUCUCCACUUGUAAUAACACACAAACCAGCUCCGAGUAGGCGCGAUAGUUUGCCACCCGAAGCAUCCGAUGGAGCAUAAGCUGACUUGGCGGGAUCGUAGACAAAGUCUUCUCAAUCAUUUCCUCAUCAGUGACUUCUUGGUCACAGAGCUUCAGUUGAGAGACUAUGCGCCGUAGGGCCGAAUCAUACGCAGCCACAGAGCUGAAGUUUGAGAAAUACAAAUGUUCCCAGUCAGACUUGGCUCGAGGCAGCUCUACCGCCUUCAUCCCAUCGAAGUGGUCCUUGAGGGAUUGCCACAGGACAAGUGGAUCCAUUUCCAGAUUGUACUCACUUUUGAAGUCUUCGUUCAGAUGGCGCCGCAUGUACAGCAGAGCCCGUUCCUUCUGCUGAUCGCUGCAUUCGGUGCCUGGGACGAUUGUGUCGCUGAGAUUGUUCCGGCCUAAAUAAAUCUUAACUUCACUAGCCCACAUCAAAUAUUUUCUUCGCGCCCUGAAUGGUACGAGCUUCGGAAAGUCUAGUCUCACAAAGUUAGACAUAUGUUGCUACAAUUCAUAAAAAA